AUGGCAAAAAUUCAAGAAACAAAUGGCGUUGAGUGUUUGAUUUCCCUGUGUAGAGUUAUUUGUGGUAGAGUUAUUAUUUGGCCAGCCAAUUUAGGUCAUUGCUCUGUUCUUUUUGGUUGCUGCAUGUGUUCUUUUCUGCAUUUGGACCAAUUUAGCAACACAAAUUCUCGUUGCUCGUUGCCCUGUGGGAUGGUUGUUCUUGUUCCAUUUCGCCGUUGGGUGCAUGUAAAGCAUCGGAAUCCUCAAACUCUACAUGGAGGGUUUUACUGUCUUCUACCUAUUCGCGGCCAAAGGGUGAUUGCUGUUGUUGGAAGGUAUCGACAUGGUGGACAGCUGGAGUAUAAAGCUUAUAAUGUUGACCGAUGCUGGUAUAUUAAGCGUAUCUCACAACUCCUUGUGUUUGCUCCUACCAUGCUGCUACCCCAAAGUUUAUGGAGUUCUUUCGAAGGGAUUGCUAGAAGCACUUGGAUUUUGUUAAGACAUGGGUCUAAGGCUUGGCCUAUUCAAGUUGUGGAUACUGUGAUGCGGAAUGGUUGGCGUGAGUUUCGUACAACCCAUGGCAUCGCAUCUAACUAUAAGCUUAUUUUAAUGUGUGAACGGAAGUCGGUUUUCAAUGUGAUAAUCCUUGAUGAAAAUGAUAUUGAAGUGUCAUAUAACUGGACAAUGUUAGUAAAUGAACAUUGGCGUGAAUUCCACUCUGUUCAAGGUAAUCUCAUAACUGCUUGUUCACCGUCAACAAUCCUACGUAAUUUACCGCUCAUAAAGUCAGGUUAUUGCUGCAUCCCAGAAGUGAAUUAGCUGCAGGAAUUCCAAACGAGGCUUGAACCUGUGCUUGAAGACCUAAACUUGCAGAGUAUUUCAGUUCGGAUGGGAAAUAGAACUUGGACGAUAUCUGUUGACAGUGGAUAUCUGAAUGCUGCUAUGUUCAAUCUUUUCUUGAAUGCUUUGCAGCUUCAGCUCUAUGAUUAUCUCUUCAUCACUAUGCUGCCAAACCUUGAGGUUAGAGUUGUCAUUCUUGAUGCUGGAAACGAUAGGGAAAGGAUUUAUGAUUGGCUUUAGCUUCAAGUUAAUCUCUGGUCGUUUUGAGAUAUUAUGAAGACACAGCUGAAGAAUGUCUGCACCAGUAUGUGUUUUUGGGCAGAUCAA